UCAUUUCGUGGAAUGACCCAAAAGCGAAAACCGACAGAAGUUACUGUGGCGUCCUCGAGAGCACCACGUGACUUCAAAGAACAUCCGCCGACGGCAUUUGCAAGAAAUCACUAAAUGUCACUGUAGCACGUUGACUGACAGUUUAAAAAUGUCUAACUUUGCGUUAAUUAACACGGCCUCUUAAUUUGCUGCUUUAAUUUUCUAUCCAGUUUAGUGGGCGUAAGUCUUCAUUGUGCUCGUGCUCUCCUGCACCUGUCAUGUCACUUUUCAAUGCGACAAGUAACUUUACUCGAAAUGAUGCUCCAGCUUUACGGUUGUUUCGAAAGAGUGAGAGCUCUGAUGAUGAUGAGAAAAGGUUGAAAAGAAGAGAAAAGAACCGAGUUGCUGCACAGAGAAGCCGUAAAAAACAAACCCAGAGAGCUGACGAGUUGCACGAGGAGUACGAGUGUCUGGAACAGGAGAACAGCCUGCUGAGGAAGGAAGUCCAGCUUUUGAUUGAGGAACAGCAAUGCUUAACAGAUGCCCUCAAAGCCCAUGAGCCUUUAUGCCCUGUCGUGAACUGUAGUAUGACCCCCACAACAAGGUCCACAGGCACAGUGCCACCUGAGUUUAUGUCUAGAUAAAGACAUUCACACCUGAUGCUGCUCAUGAUGUCUGAAUUUCCAUUUAAGGAUAAAUUAAGUAUCCUAAAUGCAAGUGACUUGCGGCAUGCAGUUUUUAUGCUUUUUAUUUUAAAGUAUUAACCCGUGAGUUCAGUAUGCAGUGUUUUCCGUUAACAUGCAGUUGAAUGAUUAAUUCACGCUCAAACAUUCUCGUUUGCAUUUUGAUAGGUUCAGAAUACAGAUUUUCUGUAGUCGUAUGUUACUUUUCCCAUGGGGUUAUGCCUCGCGUGAAUAAAUCCACCAUAUUUACUGUGAUUGAGUCCAUAACCACUAACUAAACCAUCUGUUAUACCACAGUUGAUGGGCUGUGAAUGAACGACAUGCGAGAAGGGACUUCUGCUUUAUGAGAGCGUAUCCGACCAAAAUACCUAAGGUCAGUUUCAAAAGUCUGUUACAGCAGUUUUGUUAUUGCUGCACUAUUAAAAAUAACCACAACAGCUUAA